AGCAGCAGCAACAACAACAACAACAACAACAGCAACAGCAACAGCAACAACAACAACAACAAUUGGAGCAAUUUGAACAGGCACCACUAUCACAAUAUGGUUUUCAACAGCAACAGCAACAGCAACAACAACAACAAAUAAAUAUAAAUUAUCCACUUGGGCCUAUAAAUCAACUAGUUCAACAGCCUACACAUAUAAACAGUACAAGCUCAAGUGGUAGUAGUUCACUAGCAAGUCAUGGUAUUCAUACACCUGGCUUAACUGAUCUAAAUAUGAUACCCAAUACAACAACCGUCGUGCCUGGGUUUGUACAGAAUGUAUCUCCUGGGUCAUCAGCACCAACAGGAGUUGUUCAAACGACCGUUGUAAAUAAUAAUAUUCAUCGACCUAUUGAUGCAGAUAGUGGAUACUGUAUUGAUUGGUGUCCAAAUCGUACACCAACAGCCAUGAUGGUUGUUGGAUUAGGUAAAGAAAUUGGAGCUAGAAUAUUUAAAUAUGAUGGACAUAACAGAUGGAUUCCUUCCGAAUUUUUACCUGGGCAUACACAAGAGGUACAUGAUGUUAGUUGGGCACCUAAUAUGGCCAGAUCUUACCAGCUUAUUGCUACAGCAAGCAAAGAUCAUUUAGUUCGAAUUUAUAAAUUAACUGAACAGCAACCGAAGAAUAGAAUGAUGAAUACACUGCUAUCUCCAGCAGGGACACCAACACAAAUAAAUCAUAAACCUUAUCAUAUAGAGUUAAUUGCUUCAUUUGAUGAUCAUCAAGCUGAAGUAUGGAAAGUAGAAUGGAAUAUUACAGGCACUAUUUUAUCUUCUUCAGGGGACGAUGGAAAAUUACGUUUAUGGGCUGCAGGAUAUGAUGGUGAAUGGAGGCAAAUGGCUUCAAUUACUGCCAAUACAAAUUCAUUUUCCAAGUAAUAAUAGUAAUAACAAAAUGCUGUGUGAAAAAAAAAUAUGUAUUCAUAUAAUUGUACAUGUGCAUAUUGUUCAAAUGCUCAUAUUAAAACGAUAUUUUAUAAUAAAGUGACUUGAUAUAUCAUAUAUCAAUAGCCUCCCCCCCC